CGGUUUUGAAAUGGAGUCGGAAGUGUUGGAUGCAAGCAACCCGUAUACAGUAGGAGGCGACUACCUGAUUCUAGACCAAGACCCAUAUGAGACCGACAUUUAUGAAGUUCCGGACCCGGGGCUCCUCAAGGAAGAGAGGGAGUCGUCAUUUUCGGAGCGGGCCCCACAGCUUUUUACCAACAACUCGCAGUGGCAGAACAUGGCUCAGAGUGCCCGUGCCCGCCAGCUGUGGCUGCUCCUGCGUACAGGCCUCCAGACCUUUGUGGAAAAGGAAAAGAGAGCUGAGCUGCAUGUGGCGCGCUUGACGCACGGGCUGGAACCCCUGCGGCGCCUGGAGGUGGCAGCCGGGCUGUUUUCGGUGGCACAGGACCCCGUGGGCAGACGCUUCGUGGUGCUGGACGGUGCAGGCCACCUGCACCUGCACAGAGAGGAUGGCUGGGCACAAGAGAAGCUGUUGGCUCCAGUUGCACUUACAGGGCUAGUGGCGGUGCUGGGCCCUCUGGGCACUGUGGGCCGCUUUGUGGGCUGGGGCCCAGUGGGGCUGGCCAUACUAAAGUCCGACCUUAGCCUACUGUGGCUGAGUAAGCCAGGGGAGCAUGGGGUGCCAGGCCACGAGCCCAUCUGCUGCCUGCCGGUGCCAGAUCCCGGGCUGCUACUGGUGGCGGAGGCAGGCGGAAGCCUGGUGCUCUGGAAGUUCCGUUCAGGGGGCCGCUGCCUGGUUCCCCACAGGUCACCUCUGCAGCUACCGCCAAGCAUCUCGGGUGCGCUUGCGCGUCUGGCUCUGGGGCCUCGGUCUCCCCAUCACGACCCAUGCUGCUUCGCAGCCUAUGGCUCAGCCGUGCUCACCUUUGAUCUGCAAACCUGGGCUCUCACAGAUGUGCGUCGGAAUCUGCACAAAACCACCAUCUUCGACCUGGCGUACUGUAAAGAGGUAGAGGCCAUGGUGACAGCUUCCCGGGAUAGCACGGUGAAAGUGUGGGAGGCUGACUGGCAGAUCCGCAUGGUGUUCGUGGGACACAGAGGCCCGGUGACCGCGGUGACCGUGCUCCCGAACACAGCCCUGGUGGUGUCGGCUUCACAGGACGGGACGCUGCGCACGUGGGACCUUCAGGCAGCAGCGCAGGUGGGUGAGGUGGCACUCACCUGCUGGGGCCGAGGCGUGCCGUCGGAGAGUGUGAGCCGUCUGCUGGCCCCCGCUGGCCCGGGCUGGCCCUUGCUCUCCUUGGAGGCCCGCAGCGUGGGGCUGUGGCGUGCGCGGGAGCUCUACUCGCCGUUGGCGCAGCUGUCUGCGCCGGUGCUCCACCUGCAGUUGGCGCCGGCGCUACCCAAGCCCACCGCCCCGCACGUGGCGCUGCCCGCCCGCCUCGUGUGCGCCUGCGCUGACGGCUCGGUGUACCUGGUGUCAGUCUCUGGAGGACGCACCGUGAGCGCGCUUCUUCUGGAGCCCGAGGACUGCGCAGCUGCCGUGGCCUACUGCCUGCCUCGCGAGGCGCUGUGGGUGCUGACGCGCGCCGGACACCUGCUGUGUGCCAAUGCAGCACGCUCCCCAAUGCGGGUGCUGCGCCGCCUGUGCCCGCCGCCGCCACCCGCGCCCCAGCCCUGCUGCCUGCACCUCUACAGCCACCUCACGGACCCCACCAGCGCGUUCACCAACUGGGAGAUAGUGUGCCAGUACAAGGGCGAGCUGUGCCGCGGCGAUGUGGCCUGGGCCUGGAAGGACAAGAACCGGUACCUGCCCGUGGUGGGGCACACUGAUGGCACCUUGUCCGUACUCGAGUUGCGCUCCUUGAAGACGGUCUUCCGAACGGAGGCACACAGCCCGGGCCCCGUCACUGCCAUCGCGUCCACCUGGAACAGCAUCGUGUCCUCUGGGGGAGACCUGACUGUGAAGAUGUGGCGCGUCUUCCCCUACGCCGAGGAGAGCCUGAGCCCCCUGCGCACCUUCUGCUGCUGCCACCCGGCGGUGGUGCUCUGCGCCCUUGGCAAGCGCGUCACGGUGGGCUUCGAGGACCCGAACAAUGCCACCUAUGGCCUGGUGCAGUUUGGCCUGGGCAGCAGCCCUCGCUAUGAUCACCGGCCCCAGGACGACCCCACCGACCGCAUCACUGGCCUGUGCUGCUGUCCCACGCUCAAGCUGUAUGCCUCUUCCAGCCUGGACUGCACCAUCCGGAUCUGGACAGCGGAGAACAAGCUGCUGCGGUGGGCUGGGGAGGGGUGGGGGCAGGGAGCAGCUGCCUGGGUUUCCCGCCUUCACCCUACCGGAGCCCGGCAGCUGGAGGGGGUGCAGGGGUGGCCGGGGCCUUGCCUCUGUUCCUGCCUUGGUGUUCUACUCAGAGAAGCAGAGCUGGACUCCCACCCUGAACCCCCCUCCAGGCUCCUACAUCUGAACGGUGCCCCUCAGGCCCUAACCUUCUGCAGCAACAAUGGGGACCUGGUCCUGGCACUGGGCUCCCGCCUCUGCCUGGUGGACCACAGAUUCUACCUGCCCACAUCUUACCUGCUUAAGAACCUGUGCCAAGAGGUCCCUGAUGGGGUGGAUGAUCCUCCACUGCCGCUGACCAGCCCAGAGUCACUGACUGCAGCCCAGCUACAGAGGCUCGCCAACCUGCGUGGGGUGGCCAGCCUCAGCACAGCCUUGUGUUUCAUCCAUCGCCAGACAACAGCUCCUCAGCAGCCAGUGUUGGAGGAGGACUUGGAAGUCCUGGUUGCCCGGAACCAAGACCUUCAGCAAUUGAGACUGGGGCUGGAGAGCCCGGCAGCCCGGCCCCAGCUGACUUGGCAGCAGCGCCAGCAGGCCUUUGAUAACUACCUACAUCUGAUCUACGGCCCAGGCAUGCUGGUGAGCAUGGGGCCGCCCGGGGCCUCCCUGUGCCCUGGGCCUCUGACCUGCCUGUGUGUCCCGCACGCCUCCCAGGGUCUGGAUUCUGAAGCAGAGCCCCAGCAGCAGUGGGGCACGGUGGCCCUCGCAGUGGAAAAAGAGACCUGGGACCCAAGUGCCCAGCCCAGAGAUGGCCCUGCUCUCGGGGGCACUGAAGCCCCACCACUGCAGGAUGUGGGGACCCUGGGCAGGCGCUUUGCCUGCCCGCCCCGAGUCCCCUUGCCUCUCCCACCCACCUACCGGAGGGUGCACAGCCGAGCAUCCCAGCUACUGGCCCGCUCCUCCCUGAGCUGCGAGCUGGGCCUCAGUCUGGACCUGCAGCUGCAGUGGGAUCAGCUCAGCAAAAAGCCUCUGGCCUGGGAUCCACCGUCCCCCAACCUGGGGCAGAGCAGGACCUCCCUGCUGCCGCAGAGGCGGCCCCAGGAGCUUCUCUCCAACCUCAGCGGCUUCUUCCCUGCCACCAUCCAUCCUUACAAGUACUGGCGGGGGCCCAUCCGCUUCCCGGGCUGCGUGCCCAACUCGGUGGUGCUGCAGCAGAUGUGGCUGCCCGAGGAGGUCAGCGGCCUCGGAGCCCUCGGCGGACUCUCGGGCAGCCGCGAGAGCAAGCAGCACAGGGGCCAGGAGGACCUGUGGCUGGUGCGGGGCAUCAGGCGGCGCCACACCAAGCAGCAGCAGAAGCUGAUCCAGUGGCUGAGGGAUGAGGAGGACGAGGACGAGGAGGAGCCGGACCUGGACUGGAGCUUGGAGUCCCCGAGUCCCCCGCACAGGCUGCCCUCCGACCCGCUGCUGGUGCCCGUGAGGCUGCGGGCGCAAAGCGCCAAGGACCCUAUCCUGAGCCUCAAGGGCACCCACGAGGACACCGCCAAGAUCGAGACCUACCUUCACCACCCCCAGUUCCACUAUGCGCAGUUGCUCUGGGAGCAGCGCUACGGGCAUCUGCCAAAGUUCCUGCAGUUCUUCGUUGAGCAGAACUGGUUCAAAAAGCUCUUCCCCAUCUUCACCCUGCAGGCCUACCCCAAGAUGGGCACGGUGGAGGGCCUGGCCUCGGCAUUCAUGGACCUGCUGGAGGAGGCCUCCUGGGCUGACCGCGUGCAUGUGCUGCGCGCGCUGCUGCGGCUGCUGCCGGACCUCAGCAGAGAGUUCUGUAGCCGGCUGCAGGGCACCCUCCUGCACUUGCUCAACCUGGAGCAGCCCCCCAGCCUGCAGGACCGGGUCCAGAAGCAGUUUGUGAUGCUGGCACUGCAGCUGCUCCUGGCGUGCUCCCUGGAGUCUCGCGAGGUGGUGGUGGAGCUGAUGUCCUACUUCCUCUACUCGCCAGCCCCCUUCCGGCCGGAGCUCCGGAGGCUGCUGGACGGACUCGGCCUUCAGGACCCACAGGGCUUCCUGUUCAAGGAAAUGAUGACCUGGGUCCAGGGCCCAGACCCCGAGUCCAAGGCCACACUGCGCAGGCGCUGCUGCCAGAAGCUGGAGGAAAUGAUCCAGCAGCUGCAGAUGGAGACCAUGCAGCUGUCUGUAGCCAAGAUGUCAGAGGUGCUGCCCAAGGUCUCAGAGACUUCAGGACUUCACCCCCCUUCUAAAGAGGCCCUGUUGCAGAUCUCGAUGCUCUCUGGGGCAGCUGGUCACGUCUCUGUGACAUCCUCCAAUGUCUCCCAGACACCCUCUCUGGUGGUCUCAGCGGGGGUGUCAGAUUUGACCACCCUGGAGCCCCAGGCCCAGCAGACGCUGCCACAGCUGCACUUUGCUCGGACCCGACGUGCACUGUCGGAGACCCUGACGCACUUCUGCCUCCAGCCUGAGGUCGUCUUGCGGUCCUCUGCGCCCGCCAUACUGCCCCAUGAGAUGCCGCCGCAUGAGAUGCCGCCCCAUGGGAUGCUGCCCCAUGAGAUGCUGCCCCAUGAGAUGCUGCCCCUGGCGCAGAUGGUCUGGUCACAGUCCAAAAUGCUGGACCUGGGGCCCAUUGAUGCACUCAACUUCUUUUGCGAGCAGCAGUGCAUUCGGCAGCAGGGGCCCCUGCCCGAGGAGCCCUACAGCCCACUCCCAGGCCCUCCCCUGCCCCCGCAGUUCUGUGGCAUGGUGCUGCCACACUCCCCGGAUCCCCGGCACGACCGCAUCCUCCGGCUUCAGGAGGCCAGGGUCCAGAGGUGUCCCAUGAGACUGAGGGGUGAGUGGGGUCAGGGAUGGAAAUCGGACCCCGGCCCAGCCCAGUUCCUACCAAGCAUCCACCCCACACCACAGUCUCACCAUCCUGCCGGCCCCCCAGGCCGAAUGCUGUCCCGGCUCUGCGUGGACCGUUCCCUGGACAGCACCAUCCGCAUACUGAAGCUGCCACUGCCUCGGGUGGAAUUGCAGCCUUUCCCCCCAGACUGGCCCAGGUCUGCCCGUCCGCUGCCCCCACGGCUCCUGCACCCUGCCCUGCAGCGCUACUUUCUGCCAGAUGACACCAACCCUGACAACUACCGCUGACCCAGCGAGUGGCCUUGGCCUGGCCCUGGCUCCCCCUUCCCUCCAGCAUGAAGACGCAGCUCUCCAGCCAGCUGUCUGCCCCAGCUAAGGCUCAGGGCUGGAAUAAAGUCCAGAGGCCACAACCCUCA